GCGGCUUCUUCCAGAGUACGUUGGCUGAAAACAAAUCUUAUGAGGACACCAACCAGAACAAGAGUUCAUACUCUGCCUGACUUAACCCAGGCGUUUGUUGCCUGUACGAUAACAAAAGGUCUCUGAAUCUUCUGAACCUUCAUUGCGUUCAAAUCCACCCAGAGAAUGGAAAACAGAAAAAAAAGAGACCUGUGUCAAAAGCUGAGGGCAGCAACAACACCCCAGUGUCAAACCCAGGUCUUCCAGGGAGUAAUGCAUGCUCUGACCAGCAGACCAAAGAAGCAACUCUUUGGCACAGCACCCAGAAUGCCCAUUUUACCUUCAUGAGUGAUGGUCCACUUCACAAGACCUGAAUGUCAGAAGAAAACAAAGCGAAACGAAACUAAAAGACCAUGACAUUUAACUAUGGCACCAUUUCCAGCAGAGCUAUUACAGUGCGAUUCUGCGAACCUGCCUGAAUCCUGAGGCAGCUGCAUACUGGAUGCAUGUCGCCUCAGCCUCUUGUCAUCACUCUGGCUAUUGUACCCAGAUAAUCAGGAUCCAUCUCUGUUUUUGUGCCAUGAAUGCAUAAUUAGGAAUAAUUUCUGCAACAUCUGCUGCACAUUAUCAUAGCCACGGGAGGCACCCGUUUAUUUAUUUUUUAUGCCUUUUUUUUGUGUUGGGCAUUAUGAAAUGGAAGACGGGGAAAAUGUGUGCCUACCACUCACAGAGACAAAUAUUAAAUAGAGCUACAACGGGUGUCUCUGGGGAGCAUGCUAUAGAAAGCUUUAAUAUGGAGAUUCCCCUCAUUUUAAGAUGAAAGGUGUGUGAGUAGGAACUGCUGAUGCAAGUGUGCUCUGGCCUUGAUACAUGGUCUUGAGUCCCCUGUUCCAGCAGAAGUGAGAUGCACUGAUAUCUGGCUAACGCCAGUCUUUUCCUUUUCCUCCACUCAAUUCCAAGGGUGUGGUCAGUGAUGUGGUUGCCAUGGAGAAUGGGUAUAGCCCUCCUUUUGGGGGCGUUUCUCCUUACAAGCUGUAAGCACCUCACCAAUGCUCUGGACAUUCCAUUGGAGGUUUUAAAUCAAAUAAACAUUGAGCAGCUGCCCUCUAUAAUGGAGCAGUCGCCUGCCUCUCUGAUCGCGUUCCCCUUUGAUGAGAGCUUCGCCGUGCAGUGUGAGGCCACAGGCAACCCUGAACCUGAAUUUAAAUGGACAAAGAAUGGGCAGGACUUUGACCCGUAUCAGGAUCUGAGGCUGUUGACUGAAGAAGAUUCCGGGACAUUUGUGAUUCCAAACAAUGGGAACCUCACUGAAUUCCAGGGCAUCUAUCGCUGUUACGCCUCAAACAAGCUCGGAACGGCCAUGUCAGAGGAAAUUGAAUUCAUCGUUCCCAACGUUCCAAAGUUCCCAAAAGAGAAAAUUGAACCACUCAAGGUCGAGGAGGGUCAGCCAGUUAUCCUGGAAUGCAGCCCGCCGAAAGGAAUUCCACCACUGCAGAUUUAUUGGAUGACCAUUGGUCUGCGGCACAUCGAACAGGAUGAACGCGUGUCGGUGGGCCUCAACGGAAACCUGUACUUCUCCAACGCUGUGCGCGCAGACAGCAGGCACGACUACUGCUGCUUCGCCGCUUUCCCCCGCAUCCGUACCAUCGUGCAGAAGACCGCCAUGUCCGUCAUUGUCACCAACACCAAGUCAAUGAGUGAUUCUAGUAGCGGCAGGGGCACUGCAAACUCUAUUCUAGAGAGAAAGCCCAGCCUUAUGUCGCCCCCUGGUGACCGAACGUACACACACCACGUGAAAGGCGAAGAGCUGCUGUUGGAGUGCAUUGCUGAAGGCUUCCCGACACCGAAGGUCGAAUGGAGCAGGGUCGGACACGGCCUUUCGGAUCGAGCCGUGGUGGAGAAUCAUGGGAAGAUCCUCAGCAUAGAGGAGGUUCAACAAGAGGAUGAAGGGAAAUACAUGUGCAAGGCCAGAAAUGCCCACGGAGAGGCUGUGCAUUACUUCUACGUGACGGUAGAGGAACCUCCUAAGUGGGAAGUAGAACCGAAGAGCCAGUUGAAAAUGAUUGGAGCUGACGUCGUCAUCAGAUGUGUGGUGUCAGGCAAACCAGCACCCACUGUUGCUUGGAUGGUAAAUGGUCACCCUAUCAAUGAGGUUCCAGCAGGCAGCAGGAAAGUGUAUGAUGACCGCAUCGUCAUCCACAAUGCCCGCCCCAAAGACAGCGCUGUUUACCAGUGUGAGGCCUCCAAUCGACAUGGCACAAUACUGGCCAAUGCUAACAUCAUGAUUAUGAACCUGCCACCGCUCAUCCUGACCGAGGACGGCCUUCGUUACAUGGCUGUGGAGCGGAGCUGGGUGGGCAUGCACUGCAACGUCUUCAGCUCCCCGCCCUCGACCGUUACCUGGAGCAGGGUGGACAGCGUGGGCACCGUGGAGGGGCCACACUUCUCCAUGCACACCAAUGGCACGCUGGAGAUCCAUGGCGCAGUGAGCGAGGAUGAGGGCGAGUACUCCUGCUUCGCACAAAACACAGAGGGCAAGUCCGCCAUUACAGCUACACUGGAGGUCAAAGCUCCCACAAGAAUAGUGGACCUUCCUCAAGACCUGCGCGUUCUGGUCGGGACCACGGCCCAGUUCUCCUGCCGGGCCGAGGUGGACCCGUCCUUCAUUCAGGAUUACGAGCUCAUCUGGGAGAAGGAUGGCAUUGCCCUCAACGAGAGCGAGACCGCGGGGUACUUUGUGGACAACGAGAUGCUUCAGGUCAUCAACGUGAGCUUCAGGCACCAGGGCGUGUUCACAUGUGUGGCCAGGAGUCCCGUGGACCAGGACACUGCUGUGGCUUGGCUUACAGUACUGGACGUGCCAGAGGCCCCCGAGGACGUGAUGCUGGCCGAACGCAAAGAGAGGACUGUGAAGUUGAAAUGGAUCCCUGGAGAUGACCAUAACAGCACCACCACUGAGUUCAUCAUCGAGUACGAGGAGAGCCAAUGGGAGCCAGGCAGGUGGAAGGAGCUGCUGCGAGUACCGGGCAACCACCACUCAGCCGUGCUGAAGCUCCACGGCCAUGUGGACUACAGCUUCCGUGUCUCAGCCGUCAACGAGGUGGGGAAGGGGCAUGCGAGCAAAGCCAGCGAGAGACACAGGACCCCACCCGCAGCGCCUGACAAAAACCCUGAAAAUAUCAAGAUCGAAGGUCAUUUGCCACAUGAAAUGGAUAUUAACUGGGAGCCAUUGCCCCCCAUCGAGCACAACGGGCCCGGUCUGGAGUACAGAGUGAGUUACCGACUGCAAGGCACCGACGAGGACUGGCACGAACACAUGGUGAAGAGGCACUCGUUCGUGGUGAAGAACACGCCCACGUUCGUCCCUUACGAGGUCAGGAUCCAGGCCAGGAACCACAUCGGCUGGGCCCCGGAGCCCAGGACCGUGGUCGGCUACUCGGGGGAAGACUUUCCAUCAGCCGCACCAGAUGACGUGGCGGUGGAGGUGAUGAAUAGCACCCUGGUGAAGGUCAGCUGGAGCCAUGUUCACAAGGACAAGCUGCAGGGCCAUCUGGGAGGAUACAGGGUGAACUGGUGGCGUGUGCGCAGUCUUCUAGACACAAGGAAGACGCACGGAGAUAAACACACACUGACGUUUCCCGGAGACAGGAUCCAUGCUCACAUUCCAGGACUGCGGCCCUUCUCUGAAUACAGCCUUAGUGUCACGGCCUUCAACGGUCGGGGCAAUGGACCAGGCAGCCACCCUGUCAGUUUCAAAACUCCAGAGGGAGUUCCAGACCAAGCUGCAGGUUUCAGGGCUACUGAUAUUCAGAAGCAUGCAGUCACGCUUACCUGGUCUCCUCCAUUGGAGGCCAGUGGUGUCCUGACCGGCUAUGUCCUGCAGUACCAGCUAAUCAACAGCACUGAGGAGGUGGGGCCCUUGCUCUCCGUGAACAUCACCAGCGCCGACGCCAGCAAGUGGCUACUGCUGGACCUGGAGCCCAUGAGCCGCUACAGGUUCUACCUGCGCUGCUGCACUCGAGCGGGCUGUGGGCCAGCGGCCAGUGAGGAGAGCACCACUGGGCCAGAAGCACGUCUGGCCAGCAUCCACGGCAGUGUCUCCAACCAGGGCUGGUUCAUCGGGCUGAUGUGCGCUGUGGCCCUCCUCACCCUCGUCAUGCUCGUCGCCUGCUUUGUGAACAGGAACAAAGGGGGGAAAUAUUCUGUGAAAGAGAAGGAAGACCUCCAUCCAGACGUGGAGUCACAAGGCAUGAACGAUGACACCUUCUGUGAAUACAGUGACAAUGAUGAGAAGCCACUGAGAGGUAGCCAGCACACUCUGACUGGGGACAUGAAAGGAGGCGACAGCGGGGACAGCAUGGUGGACUACGGCGACGAAGACGCACAUUUCAACGAAGACGGGUCCUUCAUUGGAGAGUAUGCAGGACGCAAGGAAAGGUCCUCCAUGGAAAUCAAAGGAACCAAUCAGAGCACAGCAUAAUGGACAGAUUGUUUUGGACAUUGCUUACAUAAUCUGGCAGAACGGAGGGACAAAAAAGGACUAAAAAAAAACCUACAUAAAAAUAAAUUGACAUAAUCCACCUGAAACGCAUUCAAAAGGGUGGGGGGGUUAAUGUGUUUAUUGUCAAUCACACUGUCAUACUUAUUUUAUAAAGUUUAGUUUCACACGUUGUAACAGAUCAAUCAUUUCAGCUGUAUAUACUUUUAUCAGGUGGGUUUUUUGUUUGUGUAUUGUUUCAAACCGGUCGAGUCAACUUCUGAGCUACCGGCACUUCCUUCUUUCUUUCUUUCUUUCUUUCUGUAAGUGCAGCUUGUGUUUGUAAUACUGAUGAUGGAAAAGAGGAGAAAAAAAGGCUCCUGUCUUAAUUUGUUAUAUGCAGUGAGGUCUCUGUGUUCUUUCACAUAUGUCUCCACUUGUAGUCAAGCAGGUAUUCUGAGUCUUGUUUUUUUUUGUAUUUUUUUCAUUUUUAUUUUUUUGUCUUCUCUGUUCAUUCAAGGCAAAUAUUAUUGACAUUUUAUAUCUCGAUAUGCAUUCAUUAAAUGUGGUUUAAUAUGUGUACAAGAAGUUUAUUAAUUUAUUUCUUUUUUAAAAGUUGCUGACUAGAGGACAAAGGAGGAAAUGAGGGCUGAAUUUUCAAGCAAUUACCUUGCAUACUAUUGCGUGAUGAACAUCCAGCUUUGAUAGCAGUUCACGACACAGUAACCAUUUUCAUAGUACACCAGUAUAUCAGUACCAGUACAGUAACACCAGGUUACCUUGCGCUUCCCUUUUAAUUGGUGAUCUGACAAAAUCGUGUUGUAUCAUACAGUAAUUUAAAAACACUUACAUGUUACAUGACCUCCGAUGUCUUGUUUAUAUCACGUGAGCUCUGUACCCACACCACCACUGUACACAUGUGCUCUCUAACCCCACUGUAAACAGUGGUACAGCUAUAGGGCAGUUGUGGUGCUUUUUCACCAAUUCAUAAUCUGUGCUUUAGGACAAAGCAUAAUUCUGCCUCAAGAUUUGAACCAAUACACUUUGUUUAGGUAAGCAAAGUGGUAUAUUUAGACAAUUUGGUUCAAGAUAUUAGUUCUAUGAGCAUAACUCAAAUGUCAUAUAUUAAGCCACUGUAUUCUUAUUACUGUCCAUCUUUCUAAUUCUAAAGAAGGUAACAUGCACACAUGUAUGUUUUGUCUUCUAACCGUAUCUUUGAAAUGAUUUGGAUUGUUGAACCAACAUAGCACAAUUUCAAUGGCAUCAGGUUACUUUUUUGUGUAGACAUGUUUGUUUGCAUGUUUAUGGAUAUUUAAUGUCUUUCGAGCAACAAUUUGACAUUAAAUUUUAUUACUUUUAUUCA